AGCAGUGAGCUGUGAUCAUGCCACUGUACUCCAGCCUGGGCAACAGAGUGAGACUGCAGGAAAACAAAAGUUGACUACUGAGUCUCACAUGUAACUGCCCACCUGACAUCUCCCCUGAGAGGCCUAAUGGGCGUCUCACCAUGGCCCACAGAGAACUGAUCCACUCGAUUUUCCCCAAGCUGGCCCCUCUCCUGCAGUCUCCCCAUCUCAGUCAAUGGCGACACCAUCCUCUUAGUUGGCCCGACUGAAAACCUAGCAGCCAUCGUGGAUUUCUCUCACAGUGCCUAUUCAAUGUGUGAAUGCAUGAGUGGAAAGCUGAGUUCGCCCUCGUGACUGGCCGGGGUCAACGCUGACAUUCCCUCCCACUUUGCGCGCUGAUUUGACUCAGCUGAUGAAGGUUGGACCCUGGCGGGCGGGGCCGGAGAGGAGGGCCUGGAGCCAGGGGGCGGGACAGACGCCACGGAAACGCGCUCGCGCCUGCGCCGAACCACAACUUCUGGCGUUCCCCGCGCUCCCGGGCGGUAGGAUGGUGGCGCGCAGGAGGAAGCGGCCGGCGCGGGAACGGGACGACCGUAUCCCGAGCCCACCGGGAUACGCAGCUAUUCCAAUCAAGUUCUCCGAAAAGCAGCAGGCUUCUCACUACCUCUAUGUGAGAGCACACGGCGUUCGACAAGGCACCAAGUCCAUCUGGCCUCAGAAGAGGACUCUUUUUGUCCUCAAUGUGCCCCCAUACUGCACAGAGCAAGAGAGUCUGUCCCGCCUCCUGUCCUUCUGUGGCCUCGUCCAGUCUGUAGAAUUGCAGGAGGAGCCGGACCUGGCCGAGGGCCCAGAGGAGUCAAGGUCGAAGUUUUUUCAUCCCAAGCCGGUUCCGGGGUUCCAGGUAGCCUACGUGGUGUUCCAGAAGCCAAGUGGGGUGUCAGCGGCCUUGGCCCUGAAGGGCCCCCUGCUGGUGUCCACAGAGAGCCACCCUGUGAAGACUGGCAUUCACAAGUGGAUCAGUGACUACGCAGACUCCAUGCCCGACCCUGAGGCCCUGAGGGUGGAAGUGGACACGUUCAUGGAGGCGUAUGACCAGAAGAUCGCUGAGGAAGAAGCUAAGGCCAAGGAGGAGGAGUGAGUCCGUGAUGAGGAGGGUUAGGUGAUGGUGACCCGCCGGGGCCGGGGCCGGGGCCGGCGGCCUGUGCUCCCCUGGACUGAAGCAGCCAGCCUGUGGGUGCUGGAGAGGGAGAGACGGAAGUGCGCCCAAAAAGAGCUGCUCAACUUUUACGCCUGGCAGCACCGAGAGAGCAAGAUGGAGCCACAGCUGUGUAAGAAGUUCGAGGAGGACAAGCAGAGGGUCGAGCUGCUGCGGGCCCAGCGCAAAUUCCGACCCUACUGAGCCGCGAGAGCCGCAGUGGAUGGCUGGAGGUGCAGGGCCAGGAGGAACAUGAGGUGAGGCAGGGCCUGCAGCCGUCUCCGAGAGGCCGAGCUCUGGGAAACGGCCCCAGGUUGAGGCCACCACGUCCGACAGCCCCAUGAGAGUCCACACAGGCCAGGAGUAAGGGCCAGGCCACCCCUCGGGUCUUGGGCUUCAGCAGUCCUGGGGACCUGGGCGUGCGCAGAGGACGACUUGCCCCUUCCGCCUCCUGCCUCCACACCCUCCUGUCAAGGACCCUGCAUGAAUCCGCUCUGUUUUCCCUUUUCCCUCAAUGGAAAAGCCCUUGCUGGCAACAAAACAGCCUCGAAAGCGGUGAGA